CAGGUGGCGGCACUGAGCCGAAGCGGAACCUUGCUGAGUGGGCGGGAUGUGUUUCCUGCCGGACUUGAUUCCUCGUGGCUCCUUCGUGUGUGUUUUCUCUGCGGCUCCUCGCGGUGCCUGCUGUUUACCUGUGUCUCCCUGUCUAUUCGGUGCUCUCUCAGGUGUGCUGUUCUCCGGUGAGCGGACAUGCCGGCCGGCGGCAGCUCUUUGUUCUCCGGUUUCCGGGUCCUGGGACUUUAUUCCAACCACGUGCCGCACGCGCUCCGGUACCACUUGAAGCACCGGGAGUCCUAUGUGGUGACGGCGGUCGGACGGAGCUUCCACACGUUCAACGUGAACAGGUUGGGGAUCGUUGCUGUCAGUAACAGCCUACCAGAUGAAAUCACCUGUUUGGCAGCCGACAGGAUGUUGGUGUUCGCCGCUACCGGACGGCUCAUCAGCACCUUUGCCAGGAACAAAGAGGUGGUGAUGCAUUACAACGGUCAUGAACAGGAAGUGCGCCUGCUGCUGCCUCUGGGUGAUCAGCUGAUCUCUGCUGACAGCGGCGGUGAUGUCAUCGUGUGGGAUGUCCAGAGUGGGGAGGUGUACCUGCGGCUGCACUUUGACCCAUCAACCUUUGACGUAUCGGCCAUGAUGCACCCGAGCACCUACCUGAACAAGGUGCUCCUGGGGAGCUCCCAGGGUGCACUGCAGCUCUGGAACAUCAAGACCAGUAAGCUGCUCUUCACGUUUGCUGGCUGGUCGGCAGGAGUCACAGUUCUGCAGCAGAGUCCUGCGGUGGAUGUGGUUGGUGUUGGCACCGCAACAGGUCGCAUCAUUAUUCACAACAUCCGACUGGACGAGACAUUGAUGAGCUUCACACAGGACUGGGGACCAAUCACAUCGCUCUCUUUCAGAACAGACGGCCCUCCCAUUGUGGCGUCCGGCAGUCCUCAGGGCCACAUUGCAUUCUGGGAUUUAGAACGUCACCAGCUCGUCACUCAGCACAGACACGCCCACAGAACGUCCAUCGCCGGGGCAACGUUCCUGCAAGGAGAGCCGAUAUUGGUUACCAACGGCGCCGACAACGCCAUCAAGGUGUGGAUUUUUGAUCAGGAAGGAGGCGGAGCCAGACUGUUAAGGAUCCGUCAGGGACACAGCGCCCCGCCCACCACCAUUCAUCACCAUGGCAAUGACGGAAAAAACAUCCUAAGUGCAGGUCAGGAUGGGACACUGCAGUCUUUCUCCACCGUCCACGAGCGCUUCAACAAGAACCUGGGUCAUGGCUCUGUUAACAAAAAAAAGGAAAAGAAGAAGAAGAAAGGACUGACGUAUGAGGAACUGCGACUUCCUGCCAUCACAGCGUUCUCCUCCUCUGUCACUCGUCAGUCAGACUGGGACGGCAUCGUCGCAUGUCAUCGUGAUCGCAUAGCAACAACCACAUGGAACUACCAGAGGUGCACGAUGGGAGCGCACCAUCUGCAACCACCAGGCUCACGGAGGGGUGCCAUCGCUACGGCUGUUGACAUCACUUCCUGUGGUAACUUUGUUGUAAUUGGGUCAUCUUGUGGCCGCGUGGACGUCUACAACCUGCAGUCCGGACUGCAUCGGGGUUGCUACGGUGACGAUGAGAAAGCUCACAAUGGUGUGGUGCGAGGCAUCGCCACGGAUACCCUGAACCAGCUGACCCUUACCACAGGCUCUGAUUGGCUGCUGAAAUUCUGGCGCUUCAAAUCGAAGAAGCUGGAAGAAGAGAUGAAACUAAACCAUGCGCCGGCUAGCAUGAAGCUACACAGGGAAAGUGGGAUGCUAGCAUUAGCACUGGAUGACUUCACUCUGGUGGUUGUCGACAUAGAAACCAGAAGAGUCGUUAGGAAAUUUGCAGGUCACCACGGCAACAUCAACGACAUGACAUUCAGCCCUGAUGGCCGAUGGCUGGUUACUGUGGCAAUGGACUGUACCAUCCGUGCCUGGGACCUCCCCUCUGGAAGUCUAGUCGACUGUUUCCUGGUUGCCACGGCGCCAGUGAGCGUGUCCUUGUCCCCGACAGGUGACUUCCUCGCAACAGCUCACGUUGACAGUCUGGGCCUCUACCUCUGGACCAAUAAGAGCCUGUGUGGGCCUGUGGGGCUCCGCCCCCUCCCAGCUGACUACCAACCAGUUGUGGAGACUUUACCGGGCGUCACGGUGGAGGAGACAGAACAGGAGGUGAAUUCUGAGGAGGAGGAGGAGGAGGAUGUCUAUCAGUCAGCUGAACAACUGGGGGCGGAGCUUGUAACUUUGUCUCUGCUGCCAGAGUCUCGGUGGAAGAGUCUGCUGCACCUCGAUGAAAUCAAGAAAAGGAAUAAACCCGUGGCGGCCCCUGCUGCUCCAGCUGCUGCUCCCUUCUUCCUGCCGACAGUUCCCGGACUCACGCCUCGAUUUGCGACGCAAACACAAACCGAGCACGAAACACAGUCUAAGGUGCUGAACUGGGGCGUGCUCUCUCAGAGGUCAGAGUUCAUCUGCACUCUGGAGUCAGCUCUGACCACGGGAUCAUUUGAUCAGCCGCUGCGUCUCCUGAAGGAUUGUGGGCCAGCGGCGCUCUCUGUUGAGCUCAACUCUCUGGCUCCAGAGGGGGGUGGAGCCAGAGAGCUCCUGCUAGUGUUCAUUCAGAUGAUUGACAGCAUGUUGGCCAGUGGGCGGGACUUUGACCUGGCCCACGCUUACCUGGCGCUCUUCCUAAAGCUCCAUCUUCGCUCUUUAUCACAGGACGCCACCGCCAUGGAAGCUUUGAACCACCUCUUGUCCCGGUUGGAGAAAGGUUGGGCGGAGCUACAAGCAUCAUUUGACCAAUCGUUAUGUCUGCUUUCAUACGCAAAGAGCGCCCUGCUGUGACACACAUACAUACACUUUUUGUAUUCUAAUAAAUUUGUUUUGGAUUCUUCUGUGUUUUUAUUUCAACCAUUCAAUGAAUCUUCUUAAUGAAAGAUUUCAGUGCUGAUGUACUUUUCUUCAUCACUUUCCUAAUGCAUGAUCUCAAUGGCAACAUCUCAAGCUAAAGGAGAAUAAAUGAGAGGUUUGGUGUUUGAACUACACAGUGGAUGUCUGCCUUAUAAAAACUACAAUAUCCAGAAAUUGGACUACAAAAUGCAUACCUUCACUCAAAUGUUUUUACUGAGAUGUUUGAGCAGUUUUUAUAAGCGUGACAUUCAGA